AUGGAAGCGAGCCCAGGACCACGCCUGGAGCCUCCAACAUUUGUGCUACAGGAAGAGGAAGAGCAAAGGCAGCUGGGCAGGCGUGGCCUGGCAGAUAGACCAAAGAGAGCAGAGGUCAACUGUGGCCGGGUGAUUCAGGGCUCGGGGACCCCAGCCCUGAGUGACCCAGGCUUCCUCUCCACAGAAUCCUGGGGACGGAGCACCAAGCGCGGGCUGUGCCUGGUCCUGCUCUUCGCUGCGCUUCUGGGCUUCUAUAGCAAUAUUUUCCACCUGACCCCCGGACGGCAGAGAGAAGAGUCUCAAAGCACCCCGUCCGCGGCUCUAGGCACUCUGUUUUCCUCCCUCAGUGAAGGCGACGGCUACCUGGACACCUGCAGGAUACCUGAAGUACCCAGGUUGCUUUACCCCAAGGCCCAGCUGCUCAAGCCCACGAGAGUGGACGUGCUGGUCAUGACUCCCUGGUUUGCUCCCAUCGUCUGGGAUGGGACCUUUGACCCUGCCAUCUUGGAUGCGCAAUUCAGAAGCACCACCAUCGGGCUGACGGUGUUUGCCAUCAAAAAAUAUGUGGUCUUCCUGAAGCUGUUCCUGGAGACAGCCGAGAAGCACUUCAUGGUGGGGCACAAGGUCAACUACUACGUCUUCACGGACCGGCCGGCGGAUGUGCCUCAGAUCUCCCUCCAGGAAGGGAGGCAGGUGGUGGUCCUCGAGGUCCGAAACUACAAGCGCUGGCAGGACGUAUCCAUGCACCGAAUGGAGAUGAUCAGCAACUUCUCCCAGCAGCGCUUCUUCCGCGAGGUCGACUACCUCGUGUGCCUGGACGUGGACAUGAAGUUCAGCGACCGUGUGGGCGUGGAGAUCCUGGCCCCGCUCUUUGGGACCCUCCAUCCUGGCUUCUACAGAGCCGAUCGCCAGUCCUUCACCUAUGAACGCCGCCCCUUGUCUCAGGCCUACAUUCCGAGAGAUGAGGGUGAUUUUUACUAUGCGGGAGGCUUUUUUGGGGGGUCGGUCCCUGAGGUUUACCGGCUCACCACGGCCUGUCACCAGGCGAUGAUGGCUGACCAGGCCCACGGCAUCGAGGCCGUGUGGCACGACGAGAGCCACCUGAACAGGUACCUGCUGUACCACAAGCCCAGCAAGGUGCUGUCCCCCGAGUACCUGUGGGACGAGCAGAUGCUGCGGAGACCACCUUUACUCAGGAAACUUCGGUACGUGGCUGUGCCCAAGAACCACGCAGAGAUUCGGAACCGCUGA